CCAGAGCCCACACACUCUUGGGACUUCUGAUGCUUUUGAACCUCGGCAUAGAGGCUGUCACGCUGCUUCUUUGACAUCCGGCCAAACUUCACAGCUGCAGAGAGACAAGACAUUAUAUUCAUGACAUCAUUCUCAUCUUGCAGUCUACCGAAGAUGGAAACAAGUUUCGAGCCGUCAUGCGACAGCUGAUGUGUGCCACUGCUGCUGAGGGCUUCAAAUUCUCCUGGCAUCAGCUUUAAUUUAAAGGCACUCACUCCCUUGGCUUCCCUGAAAUCCUACUACUCUACUUAACUUCCCUUAUGGCAACUUCUUCAGGAUGAAGAGCAACAUGUCCAUCGGCACCACUAAUGCAAGCUGCCCGAGUGUUGACUCUUCUAUUAUCCUGACCAACAUAUGCAACACCACCAAUAAUUACAGAUGUGAGGAGGAUAUCCUUCAGGGUGUGGGUUAUAGCUCAGUGUUUCUUCUGGGUUUCGUUGUCAAUGCAGCUGCUCUGUGGGCCUUCAUUGCCAAACGGAAAGCCUGGACAGAAACCCACAUCUACAUGUUGAAUCUGGUUCUCGCUGACUCCGCUCUCGUCCUCUUCCUGCCCUUUAGGAUCUAUGAUGCCUUCAUCUGCAUGCCCGUGUGUGUAUUUUGUACCUUCCUCAUUUACACUCAUUUCAUCAACAUGUAUGCCAGCAUCUGGACCACGGCAGCCAUCAGCGUCCACCGCUAUCUGGCUGUAAGGUUCCCGCUGAAGGCCAGAUCAUGGCGGAAGAAGAAAGAGAUGGCUUUUGUUGCGUGUUUGGUCAUUUGGGUACUGCUAAUAACAGUGGGAGCCGUCUUCUGGAGGGACAACCACCCAGAAAAUCUCUGGAUGUGCUACGAAAGAUGCAAAAAUAUACCACUUCAUGCACAGUUUUUGGUGCUUCUGGAGGUUCUGGGCUUCCUCCUCCCACUACUGAUUGUGAUGUUCUGUUCCAGUCGGAUCAUCUGUAUUUUGUCAAGGGACAAAGACAAGUCGGAGGAAAAGAAACGCAGUGUCAGCCUAGUAACAGCAAACAUGAUUGUGUUUAUAGUCUGCUACACACCGAUUCAUGUUGCCUUUAUUGUCAACUACUUCAAUGUUGUACCAGAAAACUGGACGAAGUUACGUAUACCUCAACACACAUUUUUACUUGUGUCUGAAUGGAUCGCUUCCACAAACUGCUGUUUUGAUUCCGUCAGCUAUUAUUUCUUAUUGGAGCGAGUUUAUUCAGUAAGUCAGCGAAAACCCCAAAAUUCCUGUAUCUAAAAACAUUUGAAUUACACUGGCAGGAUAGGUCUCAUGCCACAUCUCAUUCACAUCAUAUCAGAUUUACUGUAAUUGCCAGUUUCCACCUGUGAAUAGUUCAUGUAGACAUCCGAGUCAUAAUUAUAACCAAGAAAGAUAAAUUUUUCGAAAUGCUAUGAUACAUCUGACGAGCUCCUAUGAAAGUAUGGAGUAAUAAACCACUCUACUCAGUGUAAUUACACUUGGGCAUUAAUAGUGUUUUAAUGUGGGCUACACUGUGCCUGCGGUAGAUGUAUGACAUUCAUUGAAGAAAUUGUUGGUUGAUCGAUUGAGACAGCUCCAAUAUCACUUUCCUUCCCACAUGAAAUGAUUUCCACAUAAUGAAAAUGCUACUGAGUUGCAUUAUGGGAAUUGUAGGAAGCAGAUUGAUACAUUGUAGGUUACCUCUGCUGCAUGUUUUUGACGAUUUUUAUUCAGUCUGCUGUAAGUUCUUCAACUUCUUGGCACAGCAAUACAAAAACGGUGGGGUUCUCCUUUAAGCUAAGAGUAUACUAUGAACUUUUUUUUUUUUACUUGAUUCUGUUGAAUGUGUAACAAUGUGCACUGAUCAGCCACAACAUUAAAACCACUGGCAGGUGAAGUGAAUAAACCGGAUCAUCUAGCUACAAUGCAAGGUUCUGCUGGGAAACCAUAGGCCUGGAUAUGCCUGUGGCUGUUAUUUUGACAUGUAUCUUCCACCACAACAUUGUUGCAGACCAAACAGCACUCUCAGAUGACAGCAGCUUCUUCCAGUGGGACAAUGUGCUUCUUCACGCUGCAUAAACUGUACAGGAACAGCUUGAGGGGCAAAACACAGAGAUCAAGCAUUGACCAGGUCUCCAAACUCUCCAGAUCUCAAUCCAGAACAUCUCUUCCCAGGAUACAUGUAUAUAAAGAUCCGUUUUGGUGACACCAGGGAGACCUGCACAAAAUUAGACAAGUGGCUUUAAUGUUGUGGCUAGUUUUACUGUAUAAUGUUUAUACUAAAGGCUGACUGCACACUUAUUUUGUAUAUAUGGAUACUUUUAGGCAUUCUUUACGUCUACGUGGAUAAUAUCAUCACCUUUGCUUGUAUUAACUCCUCAUCUGCCUCAGGAAUGUCUAUGAAUAUGUGUGUGUUUUGAGAUAUAAAUACCUACUAUCUAACUCA